GCAAGCGGGUCGGAUCUGCUAGCUAUCUGCUGGAGAAGCAGCAACACCGCCUCUGGAUCAGUUGGAUUUGCAGCCUAGGUGUGCCCAGCUGUAAGCAUAGCAGGUUGUAUUUCACGCCAAAACGCAAGUGAAGGAAUGUCGCCAACAAUAAAAGGUCAAUGUGUCGACUAAAGGACCUCUACAGGGUUGUUGUCAAUGUAGGUACCUGACGUCUUCAGUCUGCUGCCAGUCUGUUUAGUUAGUUAACCCAUCUCUUCCUGGAUCAGACCACCAUCACCCUCCUGCAUCACACCCAGGCACCCUCCUCAGACACCUGGCCAAUCGCUGGUUCUGAACAGCGUUACCAUGGACACCGAGUCCACCCACUCUGGCUACUCCAACAGAUCCAACAGACAUGGGGAGCAGAGGCGGCGUGAGCGGCGUAAGCUCAGCAGUAAGGACAGCAGCCGGUCAGAGAGGUCUGUAAUCAUCAACAGCCCCUACACUCAGGCCUCCCCCAACCACAACAGCGAGCCCCUGCUAGAAGUCCCCACCUCCGUGGCUGGAGACGAGGCUCCAAGCCUCCAGGAUGAUAACUGGGGGGAAACUACCACGGCGGUGACAGGCACCUCAGAGCUUAGUCUAUCCCAGGAGGAGGUGGUUGGUCUGGGGAAGAGGUCGGAGGACGGCCUGGGGCAGGGCUGUCGGCGCUACGCUUCCCUAGCUCUGGGCCUCUGUGUGGGGCUACUGGUCCUGGCCACCCCCCUGGCCUUCCUGGUCCUCCCGGCGGUGCUGUGGCCGGCCAGGCUGCAGGCCUGUGGCUCAGCCUGCGAGGGCCUCUUCCUCUCUGUGUCCUGUAAACUUCUCAUCCUUCUGCUAGCUGUGUGGGCGAUCUUCCUGCGCCAGGCCCGUGCCAGCCUGCCCAGGGUGUGUGUGUACCGAGCCCUCCUGGCCAUUCUCACACUGCUGCUCACAAUCUCCUACUGGCUGUUCUAUGGGGUCCGCAUCCUCGACUCACAGGAUGAGGACUACCAGGGUAUCGUCCAGUUUGCUGUGUCUCUGGUGGACUCUCUGUUGUUUGUCCACUACCUGGCCAUCGUUCUGCUGGAGCUCAGACAGCUCCAGCCCUGCUACAGCCUGUGUGUUAUACGCUCCACUGACGGAGAGACACGCUACUACAACCUGGGACAGCUCAGUAUUCAGAGGGCAGCUCUGUCUCUGCUGGAGUUCUACUACAGGGACUUCCCUGUCCAUAACCCUGCCCUUCUCUCCGCCUCCAAGCACCGUGCCGCCAAGCACCUGGCCGGCCUCAAGGUCUACACCGUGGACGCGUUUAAAGCUAAAGUGAGAGCUUACCUUUUGGACAAUGACAGCCCAGUGAACCCGGUGGGGCCAGCAGGGGGAUCGGGGGGAUCGCAGGUGGGGGGUCAGUCGCGUGCCAUGAUCUCUGCAGCAGCCAGGCGCAGAGACGCCACUCACAACGAACUAUACUACGAAGAGGCCGACCAUGACCGACGGGUCCGCAAACGCAGAGCCAGGCUGGUGGUGGCUGUGGAGGAGGCCUUCAUGCAUGUGAGGCGGAUGCAGCAGGAGGAGCAGAAAGCAUCCCCUGGGGAUGUGAUGGACGUACGGGAGGCGGCCCUGGCCAUCUUCCCCUCCAUGGCCCGUGCCCUGCAGAAAUACCUCCGAACCACCAGGAGGCAGCACUGCCACAGCAUGGAGAGCAUCCAGAGACACUUAGCCUUCUGCCUCACACACAACAUGAGCCCCAAGGCAUUCCUGGAGGCCUACCUGUCCCCUGGUCCUACGCUACAGUACGGUCGAGAGCGCUGGAUGGCCGGUCAGUGGACUCUGGUCAGCGAGGCUGCGGUCACCAGCGGUCUAAAGGAGCACACAGCCUUCUCACUGAGGUGUCUAGACUUCAGCCUAGUGGUAACAGUCAAGUCCAUCCCCUACAUUCAAAUGACCGAGGAGUACGUCGAUCCUAAGUCACACAAGUUUACCCUGAGUCUCCAAUCUGAAACAUCAGUCUAACAGACACAUGUAGAAGAACUGUGGGAAUUCUAGACUUAUCUUUUUUGUGUUCAGUUUCUUAAACCCUCUUACUUUGAUAUGCUCUUGUUGUGCUAUUUUGCCUUUCUCUUCUAUUUCUGUUACCGGUGUUUAUAAAGAUUAUUUUGGCUACUUUUAGAUUUGUUAUUGUACGUAAUUGAUAUGAACAGAUGCAUAUGGGAUAUUGUAACAAGACGAAGUGUUAGCUGGCCAUAUAGUAGUUAAUAAACGGUAGGGAUCCCCAGCCCUAUGGCUCUUUUGGAGUGAAGAUGACCGAUGGAGAGAGUUAGGGAACAUGCUCUGAUUUCUAUUGUCCUGAGGCACACUGGACAAUAGAAGGGGGGUGUCAGGGGGUUUUCAAUACACUGUAGAUGACCCUCCCGCAUUUUGUUCUUCCUCUGUUUGUUUGUGUGUGUGUAUGUGUGUGCACGCAUGUGUUUGCGUGACUGUGUGUGUGUAUGUGGGGGCGUAUUUUCAUAUUGUCUGCCCUGCUAAUUUGAAUGAAAUACUACCUAAUAAUCAUAUUUCAGGUUCAUUUUUAAAAAACUAAGAAUUGCUUUUCUUUACAAUUAAUUGAUUGUACAUGUGUGUUUUUAUAUACGUUUAAAGUCGGAAGUUUACAUACACUUAGGUUGGAGUCAUUAAAACACAUUUUUCAACCACUCCACAAAUUUCUUGUUAACAAACUAUAGUUUUGGCAAGUCGGUUAGGACAUCAACUUUGUGCAUGACACAAGUAAUUUUUCCAACAAUUGUUUACAGACAGAUUACUUCACUUAUAAUUCACUGCAUCACAAUUCCAGUGGGUCAGAAGUUUACAUACACGAAGUUGACUGUGCCUUUAAACAGCUUGGAAAAUUCCAGGAAAUGUUAUGGCUUUAGAAGCUUCUGAUAGGCUAAUUGACAUCAUUUGAGUCAAUUGGAGGUAUACCCGUGGAUGUAUUUCAAGGCCUACCUUCAAACUCAGUGCCUCUUUGCUUGACAUCAUGGGAAAAUCAAAAGAAAUCCGCCAAGACCUCAGAAAGAAAAUUGUAGACCUCCACAAGUCUGGUUCAUCUUUGGGAGCAAUUUCCAAAAGCCUGAAAGGUACCACGUUCAUCUGUAUAAACAAUAGUAUGCAAGUAUAAACGCUAUGGGACCACGCAGCCGUCAUACCGCUCAGGAAGGAGAUGCGUUCUGUCUACUAGAGAUGAACGUACUUUGGUGCGAAAAGUGCAAAUCAAUCACAGAACAACAGCAAAGGACCCUGUGAAGAUGUUGGAGGAAACGGGUACAAAAGUAUCUAUAUCCACAGUAAAACGAGUCCUAUAUCGACAUAACCUGAGAGGCCACUCAGCAAGGAAGAAGCCACAGCUCCAAACCACCACAAAAAAAGCCAGACUACGGUUUGCAACUGCACAUGGGGCCAGAUAUCGUACUUUUUUGAGAAAUGUCCUUUGGUCUGAUGAAACAAAAAUAGAACUGUUUGGUCAUAAUGACCAUCGUUAUGUUUGGAGGGAAAAGGGGGAGGCUUGCAAGCUGAAGAACACCAUCCCAACUGUGAAGCACGGGGGUGGCAGCAUCAUGUUGUGGGGGUGCUUUGCUGCAGGAGGGACUGGUGCACUUCACAAUGGCAUCAUGGGGAGGAAAAUUACACAGAUCUAUUGAAGCAACAUCUCAAGACAUCAGUCAGGAAGUUGAAGCUUGGUCGCAAAUGGGUCUUCCAAAUGGACAAUGACCCCAAGCAUACUUCCAAUGUUGUGGCAAAAUGGCUUAAGGACAAUAAAGUCAAGGUAUUGGAGUGGCCAUCACAAAGCCCUGACCACAAUCCUAUAGAGAAUUUGUGGGCAGAACUGAAAAAAUGUGUGCGAGCAAGGAGGCCUUCAAACCUGACUCAGUUACACCAGCUCUGUCAGGAGGAAUGGGCCAAAAUUCACCCAACUUAUUGUGGAAGCUUGUGGAACACUUCCUGAAACGUUUGACCCAAGUUAAACAAUUUAAAGGCAAUGUUACCAAAUACUAAUUGAGUGUAUGUAAACUUCUGACCCACUGGGAAUGUGAUGAAAGAAAUCAAAGCUUAAAUAAAUUAUUCUCUCUACUAUUAUUCUGACAUAAAGUGGUGAUCAUAACUGACCUAAGACAGGGGAUUUUUACUAUGAUUAAAUGUCAGGAAUUGUGGAAAAACGGAGUUGAAAUGUAUUUGGCCAAGGUGUAUGUAAACUUCCGACUUCAACUGUAUAUAAUGUAUUGUGUUUUUAUUUAAAAGUUUUAUUUGAUUGAUGCUUUUCUACCUGGCUGUACAGUUUGGCUGUCCAGUUAUUGAAUUAUAUGAAUGAAGAAAAAGGUUCUAUUAUUGUACUCCCCAAGAUUCCUAGACAUCUGUAAGAGGUUGUCAGAACCUGUUGGGCGCAAACCCAAAGCGGACUAUUGCGGAAUACUACAGUUGAGCAAACAAAGAAGCUAGUAAGACAGGAAAAAAUGUUUUCAUAAUUUUGAGAGAGAUUUUCUGUACUUUUCUGAUUUGGCGUCUAAUGACAAGACAUGCAUUAUAUGUGUGUCUGAUCUCCAGAUGAAAGAGAGCUAUUACAUUUCUACAGAACCUAACCCUGUAAGCUAAGAGAAUCAGAUUGAGGCUAAAGUUUUUUGUCUUCAGAUAUGAGAGAAGACAAAAGAUUAAAGAAGGAUGGCACAAUAUUCUCUCUUUUAGUCCCCAUUUUAUGAGUGUUUGAGAAGUGUGGAGAAUACACACAAAGAGAAGUGGUUCUCGUAAUGCAUUUUAUUCCAGACAUGACUGACUAAUCUGAUACCGUCCUCUACUGUCUCCAAGUUUGCAUACACGUAUCUUCAUGUACUGAAAGUGAUUCAAAUAGGCCAAAAGUAUACAUUUCGUAUGUCUUUUUUUACAUUGUUUGAUAUGGUAUAUUCCUCAGUAUUGAUGUUCAGAGUGCAGACAACAGUCUCCUUAUAGUGAGGGAAGUUUACAGUCACAAAAGAGGCUGUAGUGCCAUCUAGCCACAACUAGUACAACUGACACAGCUAUGGGAUUUUUAUGCUAAUCUCUGUGCAUUCAAUAUACAGUAUUUGUUUGUUUUAAUAUUGUAUUGUUUUAGCCAAAUCUUCCCUAUUACAUGUGCAUAUUAUUCAAGACUAUAUUAGAAUGAAAUAGUUUGUUAUUGUAAUUGUACAAUCAUUGUUGUCACCAAAAGUUUACAUGUUUUUGAGGAUUUUAUAGUGAUUCAAUUAUGGCUGUGAAUAUUGGCCUGUUCGGAUUUACCCUUUUAUUAGUUUUUAUCUUGAGGUGACCACAUGUUAUAAGUGUUGGAUAGGUCAAAGCAAGGUUGCCAACCAAUUGCUUUCCCUAAUCUAACCAAUUCCGAUAUGUGACUACUUCAAGGAAGGGAGAAAGGAUGUAUUUUUAAAGUAUUCGACCAGGGCAUUUGUCUCCUUGUAUGUCUCCUUCAUUACAAAGGUGCCUCUGUUUUAAAACACAUGAUGUAUGCUCAAUGUGUUUGUUGUUGUAUGCAAGUAUGUUCGUCCAAUAAGGUAUGGUGUGUGUGCGCGUGCACAAUUGCCAUCCUAAAUGUUGUUCUGACCAAUUCGGUCUCAAGUUUUCACUGGUUGUUUUUUUAAAGAUUUACAUAUAUGGAAUUACAAUAACUGUAUAAAGAUUCAAAUUUGUAAAAUAAAUAUUUGUAUGAACAUUUUCAA